CACGACUUUACAUUGUCCACAUCACCAACAACGAAAUGCCAAAGCGAUCAGACGUGCACCACAUCACAGCGCACCUGCACAAGUCGGCCGUGUUCGUGAGCGUGCCCGAGUCGACCACACUAGCGCAGCUCAAGACGCAGCUCGUCGCCGCGCUGGCCUCGCUUGAAGGCCGCGUGCCCGUCCUCCCCGCGUCCGAGGCCGACAUCCAGCUCUGGGAGGACCGCGAGAUUGACGGCGCCGCAGAGGGCGAGCAGGGGAUCCGCGUCGUCGAGGGCGAGGGGAGCGUGUUGAGGCUUGGCUGGCCGCGCUGGAAGCGUGUGUAUGUGAGCGUCCGCGCGCCCGGCGGCGAGUUCGAGCGCCCCGUCUACACCGUCCCAGAUCCGAUGGACGGCGAGGGCGAGGAGGAUGAGCAGGCGUAGGCGUGGGUGCAGGCAUGCAGCGCAGCUGCGCGCCGGUGAGUGAUCGGUUGCGACGUAACGCAACAACCACGCGACUCGACUAGGCCGGCCCACCCUUCGCGGCGUGGCUCGGCUCGGCGUCGCGUAGACUACAUAGUUCAUGGCAAGACUCUAUAUGGCAGUAACGGUACAACUACUAGUCGCGCUUCUUGUCAGUCGGCUUGCGGGGCUUGAUGUGCCCGCCCGCCGAGGCCAUGCGGCGCAGGUCCUCUGGGCGCACAUCCGUCCGGCGCGGCACGGCACGCGCGUCCAUCUCGAGCUCGACGGCCGGCACGGCGGGGUGGUAGCUCGGCGUGCUUGCGCCCGACGUGGGGCGCGAGCCGCCCGUCGAGCUCACGCGGGG